GGGGUCAUAAUGCCACACAAAGCUUUGAGCAUUCAGUUAAUGUAACAGCUGCAUGAUUCUGUCAAGUUUGACCAUAAUACAUUAUUUAUUUUAACGCGCAUUUGAGUACCUAUUCUGACAGGGUCGGUAUUCAAAAGACAACUACACGUUCCCGAGUUGCACAGGGAAGAUGACAGGAUGCUGACUCCAACAUUAGCGAGCUAGCAUGUCAGUUGAAGUUAGCCCGAGACUAUUUUUGAGAACAACAAUAAACGUUUUGUUAAUUGGCCUUACUUCUUAAUUGAACAAUUGAAAAUCAGGAAACCAUCCCGCUACCGAUAUCUUAUGGCUGCUGGUUUUAUGUCAAUUUUACUCAAACGCCUAUGGAAAAAACUUUAUUGGCAGCACUACCCGGCUCCUCACCAACAAUUCACCGCUUCACCGGUCCUUACGAAUCUCACAUUCAUGACUACACUGUCUGGUGUCGCGCCGGUCAGAAAGAGACUGAGGCUUGAGACCACUUCUCCUGAAAGUGUCAACAAAGCAGGUCUUCAGUCCAAAUCGCCCACCACCAUAACAGACGCCGACAAAGGAACCGGGAAAGAAGGUCUCCUUACAAGUGUUGCUGCAAUGGAUAGAGUAGUGAGCAGUGAGGACAGCUCAAAGAAACAUGGCGAGACAGAGAAACCUGUGCGGUCUUGUCCACCUGGUAAGAUGAGUGGGAGGCAGCCUUCAUCACUAGAGCGGACGCAGGGACAAUCCCGGACCCAGGUGGUUCGAGGAGGGAAAAGCUUCCAGCGCCAGAGGCCCAGGAGCUCCCUAGACAAAUGGCUGGUGAAGAGGCCCAACCUGUCCUUGGAGCCCCAGACACAGCCCAGCGUCAUGGACCCCGAAACCCAGAUGGACGCAGACAUGAUGGACCCAGAGAGUCCUGACAUGCUCCCCCUCCGGUCAGCCGCCCAUGCGGAGAGAGAGGAGGUCGACCGGAUCCAGGCACGCUCCCAGAGCACCAGGGAUGCUGCUGUCAGUUCAGCCCAGCCUGUGGAGGCCAAGGCCCAGGCUGAGAGCCUGACUGAUGGGGAUCUUACCCCAGAUGAGCUGGACCAGGCAGGGGAGGACGUCACGAUGGAGACCCAGAGCAGCAUAGAGUCAGUCGGGUCAUGGAUGGGGCCCAAGGGAUGUAAUAAACCAGUGCCCAAAAUCACAGACUUCUUCGGCAAACCUCCGUCAGCGACCCCCUCUACAAGUGCAGGCAGCCUGAGACGGAACCUGCAGGGGGAUGGAGUCAGUGACAGUGGCAGUGAGGGACCAUCAGAGGAGGAUGACGACGACGAUGAUGGGGUCACCUGGCUGGGGAGCCCCAUCUCUGAGAUGAGGAGGACCCCCGCCUGCAGCCUCCCUCUGCCGCCACUGAGAGCCUUGGACGCUCACACCGUCGCCAUCAGGACAGACCUCCUGCAGCCUGGUAGGGUGCCUGUGCCGUAUCCCACCAGGUUCAAAGAUGCCUGGGACGACGUCCAUGUCAAGAUGCCAUGCUCCGAGAAGAACCUCUUUCCAGUAGAGGAUGGAGUUCAGAACAGAUGGGCCCUGAUUGAGAGAACACUAAGUCAGACGUUCUGCAGCUUCCGUGAUGUUAAGGACGCCAUACUGAAGUACAACGCCGCUCACGCCAAAAAAUGGGACUUUACCGCUCUGCACUCGUUUGUGAAGGGUCUGGAGUCGGAUGAGGCUCAGCAGCUGAUGGGGCGUCUCCUGCCUGACAUCGCCCGCUUGGCCCUGAGUGCAGAACAGCUCAUGACGCUGCCGGUGCCCCUCCUGAAGGCGGGCCGGAGCCGCUCCAUCACCCUGUCCCAGCAGCAGGUGGCCUGUCUCCUUGCCAACGCCUUCUUCUGCACCUUCCCCCGACGCAACUCCAGGAAGCCAGAGUACUCCAACUACCCCGACAUCAACUUCUGCAGGUUGUUUGAAGGCUCCUCACCCAGAAAAGUGGAGAAGCUGAAAACUCUCCUCUGUUAUUUCAAACAAGUCACCGAAAACCCGCCUACUGGACUGGUGACAUUCACCCGGCAAAGCCUGAGCCGAUUUCCAGAAUGGGAAAGUUCGGAGAAAAGGUUCACUCGGCUCCACAUCACCUGUGAGGGCACCAUUGAAGACCAGGGCCACGGGAUGCUUCAGGUGGACUUUGCUAACAGGUUUGUGGGAGGUGGUGUGACAGCCUCAGGUCUGGUUCAGGAGGAGAUCCGUUUCCUGAUCAACCCCGAGCUCAUCGUCUCACGACUGUUCACUGAGGCCCUGGAGUCCAACGAGUGCCUCAUCAUCACUGGUACUGAGCAGUACAGUAGGUAUAGAGGCUACGCUGAGACCUACAGAUGGGAUGGAGGUUGCGAUGACCAGACUCCCAGAGACCGGUGGCAGAGAAGGUGCACAGAGAUCGUUGCCAUAGAUGCUCUGAGGUUCCGGAACUUCCUGGAACAGUUCCACCCCGACAGAUUGACCCGAGAGCUCAAUAAGGCCUACUGCGGUUUUGCACGGCCCGGCGUGCCAAGCCAGCACCUGUCAGCGGUUGCCACGGGAAACUGGGGUUGCGGAGUGUUUGGAGGAGACGCGCGUCUUAAAGCUCUGCUGCAGAUGAUGGCAGCUGCUGAGGCGGGGAGAGAUGUGGUCUACUUCACCUUCGGAGACGCAGCACUCAUGAGGGACGUCCACCGCAUGCACACGCUACUCACAGACAGAGAUGUCAGCUUGGGUACGGUGUACACUCUUGUUGAGGAGUACUUCAUCUGCGAGUGUCGUGACUGUCCCGGCCGUUGUCCUGCCGUGGGCCUCUACGCCUUCAUCGCCGAGCGGGUCAUGGGCGACCCCGACAGUGACCUUUCACCCCCCCACACGCAUUGAUCUCUGAUCAAGCUCUCACUCCAGCCUUAACCACCAUUCAAACCUGCUAGCCAAAGCUGUCAGCCGUAGAACACUAGCACUACACACACACACACACACACACACACACACACACACACACACACAGCCAAAAAU